AUGUCAGCUGGUCGUGUACCAUUAGCCGAACUCUGUGCGAACAAUAAACUCGGGUUCAUCAAUAGCACAUUGCUUAAACCCACUGCUCCAUCAGAUCCUCUUUUCAAGGCUUGGGAGAGAUGCAACGAUUUAGUUAUCUUCUGGUUGCAGAAUUCUGUAAGAUCUUCUGUGAAAUCCAGCUUGGCUUUAGUUGAUGAUUCUCAAACUUUGUUGUUGGAACUUCAAGAUCGUUUUACUCAACAAAACGGUCCUCAAAUUUUCCAACUCAAACGAGAUUUAGCUAUUUUAUCCCAAAAUCAAGAUUCUGUUAGCAUCUAUUUUGGUAAUCUUAAAGGACUAUGGGAUGAACUUGUUGUGUAUGACCCUAUUCCUGAAUGUGAAUGUGUCAAACUGAAGAUCCUCCAUGACCGAUAUGAUCGUGAUUGUGUCAUCUAG